AUGAAUGAAAAAAGAAAAGAAAAGAGGUGCAAUGGAAGCUCAUCCAUUCAAGAUGAAGCAGAAAAUGUAGAUGAGCAUCCUCUAGUUAGGCAUGGGAGGAUACAUACUUCUUCAGGUUUUGUUGACACUACUACCCAAAAUAUCGAAGAAGUUGAUGUUAACCCACCAUCAAGUCCUAGGCAACGUGAUAGCCUUCAUCAUUUGCAGCACAAUGGAAGUGACUUCCCUUCUGAUGAAGUAACAUUUUUUCUUGACAUUUAUUGGGGUGGCAUCUCAUCCGAGGAACAUGAUGAAACAGUAAUGCUUAAGGCUGCAAUGUUCGGUGGCAUUCCUAAAAGAAGCGGAUAUCAUAUCCCUUAUGCACCUCAUCAACUCCUGCAGAAUGGUUUAGAUAGACCUAUGGAUCCUUACCCGAGGCAUAUGCCUCGUCCUGCAGCGCAUUCUCUUACAGCUCAACGAUUGAUAUGGGAACAUCAGGAUGAUGAAGCUGAUAAAGAGAAGGAAUUGAAGGCACAGGAAGUACCUGAAGCUGUUCUUGUAGAAGAGAGUAUAGGGAAUUCUUCCUCUGACAAAUACGCCUCCGUUGCUCAACAUGUUAACACCAUCAUCGGCACAAAACUACUGGUCCAACUCCUUGCGCUGCCAAUAACCAAAAAAGCACUAAGGAAGCCUGAGACACAUGAGUCGAUCUCUAGAGAAAACGUUGAGUUGAGCUCUUAG